AUGCUUCUGUCGCAAAUACACACAAGGCAAAUUGUCAUCAUUGGCAGCCAUGGUAAUGGCGCCCGUACCACGGACAAAGCCGCUGCCACUGGCAAUAUGACAUGUCCGGAGCGUAUUGUUGUAUUGCCCAAAGUCGAGGAAUCCCCGGCGGCAAAGGUCAUCUGUCUGUACCCCCUACACACCACACAGUACGCAGCGUCGUAUGCCGUUCAAAAUCCACACCGCGAAAAGACCUUGUCCAGCCUGUCCAGCAAACCGUAUCACACCCCAUGCCAGUAUUCGCAACCACGUACGGAGCGUGUGCCCCCACGCUCAUCCGGUGCCGGAGCGGGGGAACACCGAUCAAUUGAUAGUUCAACCCAAAAAGCGAAAACGAACCAUCUCUCCAUUGUCCAACCUCAGCCAUCACCCAACCACAUCACGCACCCAACACCAAGGAUGGGCAAAAUAGCCAGGAUUGAAUAUUUCCGCGUGCCCCCACGAUGGCUCUUUGUCAAAAUCACCGACCAAAACAACAACACCGGCUGGGGCGAAGCCUCCCUCGAGGGCCACACGCAGUCCGUGGAAGGAUGCCUCGACGCAUGGCGCGAGCAAUACACCGGCCUCGAGGCAGAACUCUCGCCAUCUACAACCACUAACCCCCCUCCAUCCACAGCCCGCAAGCUCAAUGUCCCCAUCUACCAGCUCCUCGGGGGCAAGCUACGCUCCAAGGUAAAAGUAUACGCGUGGAUAGGCGGCGACCGGCCGUCCGACGUCGAGCAAGCCGCCCUCGCCCGCAAAGCCCAGGGCUUCACGGCCGUCAAAAUGAACGCCACCGAGGACCUGGCCUGGCUGGACUCCCCCGCCGAGCUGACGAGCUGCGUAGAGCGCGUCAAGGCCGUCAAGGCCCACGGCCUCGAUGUCGGCGUCGACUUCCACGGCCGGCUGCACCGCCCCAUGGCGAAACAGCUCGCCGCGCUGCUGGCGCCCCUGCAGCCGCUCUUCGUCGAGGAGCCCCUGCUCUCGGAGCACGUCGAGGCCGUCCGGACGCUCGCGGGCCAGGUCGCCGUGCCCGUCGCGCUCGGCGAGCGCCUCCACAGCAGGUGGGAUGCGAAGCCCUUCCUCGAGGCGUCGUGCGUCGACAUCCUGCAGCCCGACAUCUGCCACGUGGGCGGCAUCUCGGAGCUUCGCCGCAUGGCCGCCAUGGCCGAGGCCUACGACGUGCCCAUUGCGCCGCACUGCCCGCUGGGGCCCAUCGCCCUGGCUGCGAACCUGCAGGUUGCUGCGGCCACGCCCAACUUUGCCAUCCAGGAGAUGAGCCUGGGCAUACAUUACAAUGUGGGCGGCUACGAUUUGCUGAGCUACAUCACGAACCCCGACAUUUGGGACGUCAAGGAUGGCUAUGUGGAGUUGAUGGACGGGCCGGGGCUGGGCAUCAGUGUGAAUGAGGAUCUGGUAAGGGAGGCCAGUAAAGGUGCCGAGGCAUGGGUUAGUCCUGGCUUUGUUGGCCCGGGUGACGAGGUUCGGUUCGAUUCCUCACAUUGCUACGUAUUGGUAUCUUCGUCAAGGGCAACAACAAAAACCUCGAACUAA